UAGAAGUAGUACAGAUACAGAUAGGAAGACAGUCACAAAAGCUUAUCACUGAUGUGGACACAAGCUGGAAUAGCAUAACCUCACUAUCUUGUCAGGAGUAUCAAACAAUUGAGGAGUGCUUACCUGUAUUAUUCCCUUUUUACCAGACAACAUUAGAGCUCCCACAAGAGAGAAGGGUCUCAACCUCAAAGAUAACCCUUAAUGAACAUUCUGCACCAUGCAGUACUUGCAAAAUCAGCAAAUAUCACCAGUGUUGCUAAACUUCUUUCAGACAACCUUUUAAGACAUGUCAGAGAACAUGUGGCAAGUAUAGAAUCCCUAAGCAUAAUGACAGUGGCCACAUUACUUGACCCCAGGUUUAAAACUCUUGCCUUUCUCAGCCAAAAAUCUGAAUGUACGGCACUAAUAACCAGCAGUGAAGCUUCACUUCCACAUCCAUCAGAUGCAGGAGAAGGCACCAACAACUCUAGUGAACUGUGGUGUCUGCUAGAUGAAACAGUGGACCAGAAGAGAUAAAGCUCCAAUGGCAAAGCAGAUGCCAUAGUAGAGGUGGAGCGAUACCUGGCAGAAGAGGAAGAACGUCAUCAGAGAUGGCUGUCAGCGAUCAGGAGGGCUAACUGGACGCCGACUGCAAGUAGCCGUCUGUGCAGUGCACAUUUUGUAUCAUGUACAAAAAGCCAAAACCCACUAAGCCCAGACUACGUGCCAACAAUAUUUCCUCAUCUAAGUUCUCCAAACAAGCGAAAGAGGAUUUAUCAAAUGGCCAGGUUUGAACACACUCAAGCUCUAAAAAGAAAAAGAGCAGUGAUUGAUGCUGACAGAGGAGAGACGGGAAAAGCAGAGGACAGACAGGAGGUGGAUGGCAAUGACCAGCAGGAUGGAGGAGAAGACAGACAGGAGGUUGGAUUGGCAAUGGAUGGUUCCUGUACCAAUAUUUCUUGCCAAGUCACAAUUAAAAGACUCAAUGAAGAAUGUAUGAGAUUAAGGACUGAAAUCUGUAAACUCAAGGGUGAAGUAGAUUCAUUAACAUUCAGUAAAGAAAGUUUCCAAGGCAAAGUCAAUAAGUUAACUGGCCUGCCUUCUUACUGUAAAUUGAUUGUUGUAUUCUCUUUUAUAUCACCAUUACUUAAUGUUAAGUCAUGUUUGUCACCUUUUCAGCAGUUUUUACUAACAUUAAAGCGCUUGAGAAUGAAUUUACCACUUUUUUUCCUAGGUCAUUGUUUUCAUACAUCAACAUCAACUGCUAGUAGGGUUUUCAACAACACACUGAAUGUUAUGUAUUUCCGGCUGUGUAAUAUUAUAAGGUGGCCAAGCAGAGAUCAGAUUUUAAUUAGUCUUCCCAUGUGUUACAGAAAAAACUUCAAAAAUUGCACUAGUAUUAUUGACUGCUUUGAGAUAUUAAUUGAAAGACCUAAAGAGAUGAGAGCACGUGCACAAACCUAUUUACAAUAUAAACAUCAUAAUACAGUUAAGUAUCUCAUUUCCAUAACACUACAAGGGGUCAUUAGCUUUGUUUCAAAAGGUCGGGGUGGUAGGACAAGUGAUAAGUAUGUGACGGAGCAUAGUGGAUAUCUUGAACUGUUGUCCCCUGGGGAUGUGGUUCUUGCUGACAGAGGGUUUAAUGUAGCAGAUUCUGUAGGACUUGUCAAUGCACAACUCAAGAUACCUGCCUUUACCAAAGGAAAAGCACAGCUUCACCCAGAAUAAAUCGAGUCAUCGAGAGGACUGGCAGCUGUGCGCAUCCAUGUGGAGAGAAUUAUAGGAAUUGUAAGGAAUAAGUACUCUAUUUUGCAAGGAACCAUACCCAUAUCACUUUGUUAUUCAGCCUCAGAUGGACUCACGCCACUAGACAAAAUGGUAAAAGUGUGUUGUGCCCUCUGUAAUCUUUGCCAUCCUGUUGUUCCACCAGAGUGAUGACAUGCAGAAUUAAACAUCCCAACCCACAAAGUAUUUCAUUUUGAAAUAAAUCUGACUUUUGUUGAUCAAACAAUAUACUUAUUUCAUUAUUACAAUAUUUAAUGUUUUAAAGGUUUACUACUGAAGAGAAACAUGAGAAACAUGUCAUCAUUUUUCAAUUGUGAUUUUAAUAACGCACAAAAUUAAGACAGGAUUAAAAACAAGACAAGAAAAUCAUCCCACGUCCUCAUCUUCCUCUCCUCACAAUGUAGAUUUUAUUUGCAGUAGUUCAACUUGAAAUGAAAUAUACACUGAAAGAAGUGAUGGAAAGAGGAUAGUAAG